UUCUGUUGAAAAGAAAAAAAUGUUUCUAAUUUUUAAACACAACACAACAGAAUUUAAAAUACAAAUUAAAGUUGGAAAUAUUAAUGAUGGAAAUAAGGAAACAGAAGAAGGAGAAUCGAGUGAAUCUUUACCUUCUACAUUAGGUGAACUUCGAAAACAAAUUUCACAAAAAACUCAAUGUGACAUAACAACAAUGAAAUUAAUUAAAAAAGGUAAAUUUAUAAUUGCCCCAAUGGAAGAAUCUUUAGAAAAUUUGGGAUUUAAUGAAAAUGAUAAAAUAUUGGUUAUUGGUGGGAGUUCAAAAAUUGAUGAGGGAAAAGAAAUUUUAAUAAAAUAUGAAAAAACUCAUUUAAUUAAACUUAAUGGAAUUUUUAAAGAAAUUGAUGAAGAUUUGUCUGAAAUGGAAAGAAAUUUUCUUAAAGGAGAAAUGCUUAAUGAAAUGCUUCGCCGAAUGGAAAAACGUUUAAAAGAAUUUACUGAACAUUCCCUUCAACAUUUAGAAGCAAUUGAUGCUUUAAAUAUUUACACAGAUAAUUCUAUUGAAGAACAAAAUCAACGUAAUCGUGAACGUCGAAAAACACUUGUAGACAACAUUCAAGAAUUGCUGAGAGCAAACGACAAAAAUAUUUUACGUUUUGAACAAUACAAAAAAUCGUUAGAAUUUCCAGAUUUGAAACCUUGA